ACUUGCAGAGUCUCAGUUUCUUGUGGCAUACCACGAGUUACAGAUAUCCAGAGAACAGAAGAAUAGUGAAAAUGUACUUGCGGGUGAAUGUGCUUACAAUUUUUGUUUUGAUCUAUACGUUUGCAAGAGUAGAACCUCGUUUAUUUGAGAACACAUUCGACAACGGACUACAUAACUUACAAAAACAACUAGCGAGUCAUUUCCGCAUAACAAACUACAGAGAGAUGGAAAUGGAAAAAUUCAAAGAAGUCUUGGAUAAUUUAAACAUUUUAGGUCGAUUGAAACAACUUUUUGACCCGGAUAGGGCGCUAUGUGGAAUUUGCCAAUUAUUAAUAACUCAAAUACAGAGGAGAACGUUAACUAUCAGAAACGUGGGAGAAGCUCUUUGUAAUAUUUACAUUACCCUAUCCACGUGGACGGUGUCCAACUUCUGUGCAAACAUUAUUAAUAAAAAUAUGCCCGUUUUAGAAUAUAUUGUGAAUAAUAGUAAAAUAUUGGAUCCAGAGUUCGGAUGCAGUGUCAUUUUGCAAAAUAAAAAGUGCUAUUACCCAAAACCAGCUUUAAAAUGGAAAAUUUCGGUACCUCCGAUUUCACAGAAAAAAAUUCCUCAAAUAACAGCUAAUCCAGAGUCCAAACCGCUAAAAAUUCUUCAUUUGACUGACUUUCAUAUCUCACUAGACUAUGAAAUUGGGGGCGUAAGCGACUGCGGCUACCCUACUUGUUGCAAAAAAAAUAUUGGGAAUCCGAUUCGGGGAAGAACAGCAGGUCCCUGGGGCGAUUACAACUGUGAUCUUCCCCCCUGGGUAUUUGGCGAGACUUUGAGGCACAUCAACAGUACACAUCCAGAUAUAGACAUCGUUUAUUUCACAGGGGACGUGAUAGAUCACUCAUUAUGGGAAACUUCUGAGGAAGGAAAUACAAAACUGAUUUAUUAUGCAUACAAGGCUCUAUUCGAGACAUUCAAAAACAAAUCGGUGCUAUCUGUGAUUGGGAAUCAUGAAGCAGUACCUUUGAAUGUUUUUGCACCUCCUAACCCAGAGAUAGAAGAGGCAGGUUUAUCUUCGCAAUGGAUGUAUACACUAUUCUCCAAGGUAUGGAAGCCUUGGUUGGCAGCUGAAGCUUUGAGAACAGUCAAGUCACAAGGAUAUUAUGCCCAUGAAGUUAACUCCAAAUUGAAAAUUAUAGCACUGAACAACAACCUGUGUUAUAACUACAAUUGGUGGGUUCUUUAUGACACAAACUUUCUCUCGCAACAAAUUAAGUUCCUAUGUAGGGAAUUGCAAGAGUCAGAGAAGAAGGAUCAGUUUGUUCACAUCAUCGCUCAUGUUCCUGUAGGAAAUAAGGAAUGCAUUGAACCGUGGGAAGAAAAUUUCAAUGCAAUUGUUGAAAGAUUUUCUCACAUCAUCAAAGGCCAAUUUUAUGGACAUACACACACAGAUGAGAUGAAAAUAUUUUACGAUAGCUCCAAAGCUCCAGUUAAUCUUGGUUACAAUGGCGCCAGUUUAACGCCUUGGGUAAAAUUUAAUCCCAACUACAAAAUAAUAACCGUUGAUCCGACUACUUAUGAUGUAUUGGAUAUAGAUACUUACAUUUUCAACCUCGCAGAGGCCAAUGCGAACCCUGAGAUGACUCCCAGGUGGUUCAAAUUAUAUUCCAUGAAAGAAGCUUAUGGUCUAGACCACCUUACUCCAGAAAAGUUUGACCAAUUGGCUGUGAAAAUGUUCAGAAACAAUACUUUGACAGAGUUAUACUGGAGAUUCUCUGUUCGAGAUGGAGAUCUUGCAAGGAAAGACGGCUGUAAUAGAGAGUGCAAAAAAGAAUUGCUCUGUAGGAUUGUUACUACACGGUCGCUUGCACCGAGUAAACACGUUUGCAAUUAACUGUAAAAAAAACAUCUGUAUAAAUUAAUUACCAAAGAUAGUGACAUAAAUGAAAUAAUGAGUAUCGUUUGAUGUGUGACCUUUAUUUGUUCAUUUCAGUUAUACUUACAAUCAUCAUCAUACUAGUUUCAAGAUAAAUUACACAUUUGUGUUAUAUGGUUAGUACUUACUUUUUAUACUU